GCUAUGGAGUCUCUCCCUGAUGCUAUUCUCCAAUACAUAUUGUCCCAUGUCAACAAUGGUCGUGACGUGGCAGCUUGCAAUUGUGUUUCAAAGCGAUGGAAGGAAUCCACACCCUACAUCACAACCCUUUACUUUCCUCGCAGUGUAUUUGAUAACGUUUCUUCUUUUGUUGGUGAAAAUGCUGACGCCAUUGUCAGAAGAAUGAUAUCAAGGGUUGUGCAAUUGAAAGAGCUAAUUGUGUAUUGCCCAUUUUCUUCUUCUGGUCUUGCAUCGUGGCUUUCAUUGGUGGGUCUUUCCCUUCACCAGCUUGAGCUCCGAAUGGACAAUCUUGCUACUGCUGACAAUCAGGGUUUCCAUGAAAGUCCUUCAAAGUUGGAUUGUGUAAAUGCAGCUAGGAAUUUGAAGUCUUUGAAACUGUGGAGUGUGUUGAUGGUGCAUUCCCCAAAAUGGCAUGUUUUUCCAAACCUCAAGAAUCUUGAAAUUGUUGGUGCAAGAUUGAAGGACUCUGUGUUGAAUGUGGUGCUUCAAUCAUGUCCCUUUCUCACUAGGUUGUUACUUCUUGCAUGUGAAGGGUUUAGAUCAGUCUCAAUUGACUUGCCAUAUUUAGAGCAGUGUAAGCUAGAUUUCUAUGGCACGGGGCACUGUUAUCUUACUUUAACCUCUCCCAAAAUUGAAUCCCUGGAGGUACAAGGUUGUAGUUGGAUUAGGGUCCCUGAAACCAAGAACUUGAGGACUCUUUCCAUAUCCAAUAGUGCAGGGAGAGUGUAUAUGGUUGAUUUUGGAGAUCUUACAGCUCUGGAAUUCCUGAGUAUGAGGGGAAUCCAGUGGUGCUGGGAUGCAAUAUGCAAAAUGUUGAAAUUAGCAAGCGAGGUGAAACAUCUCUAUAUGAAGGUUGAAUUCACUGGGGAUUAUGAGGUUCUUCAACCCUUCCCAGAGAUUGAUUUUGUUGAUUUUUUCAACAGUCAUCAAAAGCUGAGAAAGUUUGAUAUUCAUGGAGCCAUGUUCGCGGCACUGUGCCAGAAGAACAGUCUCCAACACGUGGAUUCUGGAUUUGUGAUUCCAUUUUUGGAGGAGGUUAUAAUCACUGUGAGGUCACCACUUAAUGCUGAACAGAAAAUGGGUACUCUUGAAUCCUUGUUGAAGUACGGGAAAAGUCUUAGGGCCAUGGUUAUAAAGAUUCUUGGGAUGAAGAGCUGCCAUACUAAUGCUGAUGAAUUUUUUGACGACAUUUGCGGGUUCAGAUACAUGAACCGUAAAAUAGUUCGAAUAGAAUAA